GUAAUUCAAACUUUUAUUCGUUUCGGUUUCAUGAUCCACUACAUAAACGAUAUUUAAAAUGAUACUCCACAGAAAUCGAGAGGCCAGUAGCAACUUGACCAAAGGAUAGAGGCAGUACAUUAGAAUAUUUAACUCGGAGUAAUACCCAAAAUCAUUUCAGUACUUGGAGUCUAGCGGCAGAAGCAUGACACCUGUUAAACUCACUUGGGUACUAUUGCUGCUCUGUCUAGCAUACAUAGUAAUGGCCAAAAAAGAAACAGCUCCAGAACCAUUGGAAGAAGAAGAAUAUGAAGAUGAAGUGGACGAAAAAGAAGUUAAAGAAGCUUUACAAGCAGAUGCAUCUGUGUAUGGACCUUUGGUAGGUGGUGUUGGUGGCAUCGGCUUCUCCAGCGGUGGCGGUGGAGGAUAUUCUGGUCAUGGCGGUGGCGGAGAAGGAGGUGGAUAUGGUAAACAUGGCGGCCACAUCGCUCAUAAUAUCCACGAGCAUGAUAGUGGACACAAAGGAUAUUCCGGAUAUGAUGGUCAUGGUGGUCAGGUUGGAGAAAAGAAACACGGUGUUCAUGAAGAACAUUCUCUUGCCGAUGAGCAAGGGCAUCACAAAAAAUUUAAAGAAGAGCACGCUGUUCAUGGAGAAGGUAUAAAGAAGGGAGGAGAAUCAUAUGAAAAAGAUAACCACCAUGGAGGACACCAAGAACAUAAAGUGGGGGGAGAAUACUUCGAUAAAUAUGGGAAGGAUCAGAAAGGAAUAGUAAAUGGUGGUUCCCAUCAAGAAGGUGUACAGGCUGAAGAAAAACAGGGCGGUCAUGGUCAGAAAGGAAACAAAGUCGGGGGUGAGGUCUUUAAGGACAAAGGCCACAAAAGCCGAGGAUUCAAGAAUGUCUAUCACAAAGAAGAGCAUGGAGAACACAAAACCUUCCAUGAUGAUUUCCAUGAUAGCGAUUACAAAAAGAAAUAUCAAGAUCACCACGACUUUUACGAUCAUCAUGGGGGUAAAUUCCAGAAGGGAUAUGGGGGAAAGAACUAUCACGAUGAAAAGAAACACGGCGAUGAUUACCACAAAUUUGGAAAGGCCGGUCACGAUUCACAUGAAGCAGGACAGCAUAAGAAAGGACAUGCGCAUCACCACGUUGAAGAUGCUAAGAAACACCAUGGUGGUGCCCAUCAUGCGUCAUCUCAUGAUGCUGGACAUCACAACAAAGGUCAUCUGCAAAAACAUUCAGAUGGAUAUGGAGGAAACUAUGGUGGGGGUGGAUACCACAAGAAUGUCUAUGGACAUGAGGCUAAACAUAAUAAGGAGCAUGAUGUUGGUCAUGGUGCUGCUUAUGGAGGGCAACAGGGUGGACAUCAGGCUGGAUACGGUGGGGCACAAGGAGGUGGUCAGCAAGGCUACUACAUACAAAAACCUAUACCUGUUCCUGUGCAUUAUGGAUAUUAUUAAGGGCCUUAAAAAAUCCUUGUUCAGUUUUGGAACUGUAAGCACACAUUGACGAAUAGGAUUUUAUUUGUAUUAUAUUGAUGUUGGAUUAUAUAUGUUGAUUGGAACUUGUUGAAUUUUCAAAUGAAGUUCAAUUAUUGUUCACCUGCUAAUUUGUUGAAAAUUACUACCAUGUAGUAGCAGAUGACAUGAUUUGGAAAUCAUAUUAGGAAAUUACACCCAUGAAUUUUCGCUUUUCAUAUCCUUGAUUUGCAUUCCAAUCUACGCCAUCAUUGAAAAAUAUUGUGCUGUCAAAUAGUAUAUUUUUAGUAACAUCAAACUUUUUCCCUUGUCAGCAUUUUUAAUACUAUUUAUUAAUUUAUUACAUUUUGUUUUGGGAAAAGGAACGUAAAUUUUAAAGUGAACUUUUUUAACUUCGUAAACAUGCAAUUAGAGUAUAACUAAAGUACUAAACAAUGUAAAGAGGGGGUAAUAUAAUAGAAAUUUCGCUUCGAAAAGUUGAGACAGAAAUUUUCGAACACAUCUUGCUAAGAGUGUUGGUUGGAUUUAAAUCAAGGUUUGAUCAACAUAGAUAUUUUUGGUGCAGUUUUUUUUAAUACAAAUAUUAUUGCAAUAUUUGAAAGCUUCACUGAAAAUGAGCAAUUAAUAUCACUAGUUUCUGUAGUUAAUCAGCACAAUUUAUAUUGCUAAUGCACGUCAAUAUGUAAAUACGCAGUAUUUUACAGCACUUUAGUUUCUGUGAUAAAACUAAGUGCUGCAAAUUAGCAAUUUAUAACAUAAUUGUCUUCUGUGAUGCACAUAGCACAAAACAUAUUAAUGUAAAACGCAUUUAUUUUAAGGGGUGCACGCGUUUAGAUGUUAAAAUUUGUGUGGAGUCUUUUGUUCUGUUGUAUUGCAAGAAUCAUAAUAUUUUUUUAUAAAUCAAAUAAAAUACCUUUUGAAUUA